AUGCCGAAGCUGCUUUUGGCCAUGCUUCUUACCCCAACGGCCAUCCUCCAGCAAACUUCCUCAGGUCAUGUCAAUGACACUGAGUGCUCCUUCGACCCGAUCCUCAACAGCUGCAGCGGCGGCAUGUCUUCCCCGUAUCUGAGCCAGGCACCGCCGUCACCGCCAGAGAGCCCCUCCGAGGCCACGGUCGAAGUGUACGCUCUUUCGGCUGGCCACUUCUCGCUUCCGGAACGUUUCUUUGUACAUCCAGCCUCGCAGACCGCCCGAAGAACCGUCCCCUCUCUAUCUUUCUUGAUAGUCCAUCGAGAUCAAGAGUCGGGUCAAACAACACGGAUAGUGUUCGACCUUGGUCUGCGCCGGGACCUCAGUAGAUACUCGCCACCCAUUCAGAAACAUGUCGAAACAAGACAGCCCAUGACCACUCUCCCCGACGUGACUGCCAGUCUCGCCGCGGGUGGGCUGACCGCCGACGACAUUCAAUACGUCAUCUAUUCGCAUGUUCAUUGGGAUCAUGUCGGAGAACCUCGAGACUUCGCUAAAAGUACCUUUGUGAUCGGGAGUGGUGCGAAUGCGUUGCUACAAGGACAUGGGUCAUUACGAGGGAGUCAUUCAUUUUUUGAGUCCGAUUUACUGCCGGCUGAAAGAACGAUCGAGCUUUCCAACCCUUACGAAGAUAUAGAAGAAGAAGCCAAGAAGCAGCCCUUGCAUUCAGGCGGUCCGGAUUUCAUUCAAGAAUGGAAGGCUCAUGGGAACCUACCUCGGGUCCUCGACAUAUUCCAUGAUGGCAGUCUCCUUAUCGUGGACGCUCCAGGUCAUCUUCCUGGCCACAUCAACUUACUGGCACGGACUAGCCCUUCGUCCAGCGUCUACUUGGCUGGAGAUGCCUGUCACGACAGACGGAUUAUGAGGAACGAGAGACAAAUCGGGGAGUGGCUUGACGAUCACGGUCAUAUCUGCUGUAUCCACGCGGACAAGAAAUUGGCGGAGCAAACCAUUGAACGAAUCCAACAGUUGGAAUUGUCUGGAGUUGAGGUUAUCUUUGCGCAUGAUUUUGAGUGGGAGGAGGAUCCAGCAAAUCGAUCAAGGUUCUUUGGGAGCUCUUGA